AGAAAAACUAUAUCUUUUUUUAAAUACAGAAAUUACAUUUCCUGAUACUGUUGAAGUUUACGUAUAAUCAUUAUUGUUGAUUGGAAAUACAAAUCAUUCUAUAAAGAGAACCCAUAGCCACGGAUAUUGGCGGCUAUCGGCGGUAAGAUAGCUAGCAAGCUAACAUGCCAUGGUGAUGAUGGUGGACUGCAGUGGGACUGUCUUGUCACGGAAUGAUAAGUGGUAAACAGUAGUGAUGGGAACCCGAGGCUUUCUGAAGAAGGCUUCGGCGCUUUCACCAAAUUGUGGCGGAAAACGGUGAAUUACUCGAAGCUUCAUCUGUUCACAAUGCACGGGAUGGAGAUAGACUACCGACCAGAGGACUCAGCUGUUUCCUUGCUUGACGAAGACUGUAUUAAUCACAUGAAGGACAUGAGGUUGGAAGCAGAGGCAGUGGUCAAUGAUGUGCUAUUCGCCGUGGCCAAAAUGUACGUGUCCCAAAAUCUGGACAGUGUUUUGGAUGUGGCCUACAUAAACGUGGAAACGAGAGAGGGAAAUCGCUAUUGCCUUGAGCUCACAGAAGCCGGUUUAAGGGUGGUUGGCUACGCCUUCGACCAGGUGGAUGAGAGCUUGAGCACCCAGUACUAUGAGACUGUUUAUUCGCUGCUGGACACCCUCAGCCCAGGUUACAGAGAAGCCUUUGGGAACGCCCUGCUACAGAGAUUGGAGAGGCUGCAGCAAAAUGGACAAUAGAAAAGACAGUGUAGCUAAUGAUGUGGAAGUGAAACAAGGCUUGUUGGGACAUCAAUUGUACUAUCUGAAUACAAACAUAGAAACCUUUCUGAUUAGGUUAUGAUUUACCGGACAUCCAUCUGGCUGCUACUACGAUUGUAUUCACAUGGGGAGGGGAGGGGAGGGGGGGGGGAGGAGGAUGUAUUUUAACGGAGUAUGCAAGCACACUCGUUCGCCUAGCCGAACUGAAGCAUGCUGACGCCUUAAGCCCCUUCAUCGGUGAUUGGUCAACGAUACUACUCCUAGUAGGAGUGGGAACAUGAAGUGUUUGUUGUCAUUCAAUGAGAGACGACUAGUUUUCAUGCACAUUCUUUCAUUGCACCAAACAUUUUAGCUAGAUGUAGAAUUGCGCAACUUAAGACCUCCUCGGCAAAAACGUCAAAAUUAAUGACAGAUUUCUUGAUUUAUCCUAGAUUGUCUGACUAUUUUGAUGAAGUGUUUCUGGCUAUGUUGUUGCUACGGCUUCUCAAUAUGGACAAACAGUAAUAUUGGCGCUUUUUUCUCGUUACCAAGCGAAGGUCUUUAGGGAGUAUGAGAGCACAGACGGUCCCUUCGCCUACCCAUGUAUGCGGACACCUUUAGGCAAACAAUUAAAGCACCUGAAGAUGA